UAACAUGAUCUCUAAAAACUCCGUGUACAGUAAUUGCAUAGGCUUUUCUUAUGCCCAUGUCUAGUGAGUCACCUGACCAGCCUCGUGAUGCGCGAACCUAUUCCCCUGUCAAUAUUCUGUACUGUGUGUCCGAGGUAGGCCGGCUGUGUGAGUCGUGAUAUUUGUCUCUGGUGUACAGCAACAUGAAACAGAUACUUCUGUGUGGGAUAAUACUGCUGACUGUCCGUCUUUCUCUGACCUCAGUGGCGUCUACCCACGAGUGCAAGCGGACAUGUCAGAAGAACGAACGCCCCCGGGUGUGUGUGUAUAACUUCACCGUGGAGUGGUACAGAACACUCUCUAAGGCAUGCUAUGAUUGUCCAUUCAACCACUCGGACUGUUUUCGGCCGGACUGUGUGUCCGGGGAUGGGAGGAUUAAACCCUUGAUCGCCGUCAACAGACAGGUGCCCGGUCCAUCUAUUGAGGUGUGUGAGGGGGACCGCGUGGUGGUGUGGGUGACCAAUGAUAUGGAAGAUGGUCAGGCGACCAGCAUACACUGGCACGGACAACACCAAAUGAGAACGCCAUACUCUGACGGCGUUGGCCACAUCACACAAUGCAACAUCGGCGUCAAAGAAACUUUCAAAUAUGAGUUCACAGCCUCGCCAGCAGGCACCCACUGGUACCAUGGCCAUACAGGCAUGCAGCUUGCUGAUGGCUUAUUCGGUGCCUUCAUUGUCCGCCAGCAUCAGGACGUAGACCCCAACGGUGCUCUGUACGACGUCGAUGACCACAUCAUGGUGGUGGGAGACUGGAUACCAGUCACUUCAAUGACGAGAUACGUAGAUCUGAUGCACGACCUUUAUGACCCUACUCUACCACAGGGACUGCACAUCAAUGGCAGAGCUCGCAACGUUGACGUUCCAAACAAGUUCAACAUCGUCAAAACGAACCUGACCACAGCCAAGACGCCAAUGGAGGUGUUUGAGGUGACAAGGGGUCAGAGGUACAGGCUUCGUGUGAUUGGAGCGUCCGGCAACUGCCCACUACACGUGGCCGUGGAGAAGCAUCAGCUGCAGGUGAUCGGUAAUGAUGGAAUGCCCGUCCAGCCAAGACCAGUCGAUGUCUUCCUUGUCUUUCCAGGUGAGCGAUACGACUUCCUGUUGUUUGCGAACCAGGACGUGGGCAACUAUUGGGUCAAGGUCGUCGGUUUGGGGGACUGCCGAACGGCUGAUGUGUCAGCGGCAGCCAUCUUGAGAUAUGCGGGUGCACCAGAUGAAGACCCCAGCACUGCACUCAUGUUCUCGACUGUUGGCGGGGUGAUGUUAAAUCCAGUCCCGAUGCAAGAUUCCGAGUUUUACGGGAAGGAUCACAGUUGGCUCCGCCCUGUCGAUCUGCGUUAUGCCAGAGACGUCAACCUGACACAACAGACAGUGGAUACCAGGCUGUAUAUAGGAAUGGAGUUCAACAACAACGACAACCAGAAAUACAACAAUAAGAAGCUAUAUUCAACAUCGGAUAUUCCACCCAGAAAAGGACAUUUUACACCCGUGAUUGAUAAUAUAACCUUCUUCCUGCCGCCCAUCCCAUUACUGUCUCAGCCGGAGGACGUUGAUGACUCGUGGUUCUGUAACAGAUCAACUGUGACGGACUCCGACAAGUGUCUGACGGAUCUGUGUCUGUGUACACACACGCUCAGGUUUAAGCAAAACGAGAUCGUAGAGCUGGUUAUCAUAAACGAAGCAAAGCCAUUCACAGAAUUAGGCCACCCAAUGCACCUGCACGGCCAUAGCUUCUACAUCAUGGGAGAAGGGAAGUUUAACAAAACGUCAACAAGCCGGGCUGAAGUGAUGCGUCUUGACCAGGAGGGGCAGAUCCCCCGCAAUUACAUCAACCCCCCUUACAGGGACACCAUCAACGUACACGACGCCGCUUAUGUCAUCCUCAGAUUUCAGGCCAAUAACCCAGGCUUCUGGUUCUUCCAUUGUCACACUGACAGUCAUCUGGCCCAGGGGAAGGCCCUGCUGGUGCAGAUAGGAGAAUACAAGGACUUCCCUCCUAUCCCCUCCACCUUCCCCAAGUGUGGGGGGUGGGGCUACUCUAACGCCAAGAGGAAGAAGGAGGACCGCCCGUGUGUCACAAGUGGAGCUGCUCAACACUCUGCCGGUUUCCUAGCGGCCAUCUCUGUAGCAAUGGUUGCAUGCAGGAGUAUUGGCGCCAUGAUUCACAACUACCUCUGACUGUACAUUAUGAACAUCUCAAACUUAUUUUAUAAUUUCCCCAAAAUGUUUAUUUCUUUACUUGCGUUUUUUACAAGUCCUUCGCCAAUUAGUUUUCAUUUUAUGAUUAUAGAAAUGGGUUCGUAGAAAAAUGCUGUUGUCAAAAAAGGAAGAAGGCAUGCUAACCUAUCCUCAAUGUUUAUUCUUGCCGCCAUCUACGUGACGUAGUAUUGAGUAUGUUAAGAAUUGCAGAUAUAUAGUUAUGAUCAAAUGACGACCGGUCGUCCAUGUCAUUGUUGCUUUCGGCAGACCUGUCCUUCCCCCGGGACUCAUGUGUGUGACGAGGGUACACAUAUCAAUUGAGUUUUGGCAUUGAUACAUUUCUUUUAUCGCAUUGAUAAGAUUUCUUUUUUCGCAAUAAUAUUAUUUGAUUUUUUUUACAUUUAGAAAAAGAUAGAAUAUUGUUAGGUGUCCGGUUCGAGUUCAAGUAGCUGACCAUCUCUCAGAAAUAGUGUUAGUUUGGUCUUCGCCUAUUGAAUCGCUUGGCUUCAGGCGAUCGACGACAGAUAGCGGAUCUAACUGCAAUUCCUGUUUUAGCUGAGCCCGGGCUGGGCCGUGGUCUUGACAUUCCAAUAACAAGUGAACAAUGGAUUCAGGUUGAUUACAAGUCUAAGGCGUCUGAGAACAUGAGAAUGUGAUCUUACUCUUGAAUUUAUCUACAUGACUAAGAUCACAUUUCACGUCACCAUUUCAUCAUCACGUUACAGGCAGGUUACUUGUGCACAUGUGAUAGAGGACGCUCUUCUGUCAGAACUGUGCAUAUUUUUAUACCAUGUUUAUAUAGGAUGUUUACAUUUUACCGAUUUAAACGGGACUAAUCCAAGCAUUUAGGCCAGGUGUUGUUGGGCUCUUGUCAUUUGAUCGUUGAGCUGUAACAGUUUCAACAAGCUGGCCCAAACAGUGCUCACAUAUAUAUAUAUAUAUAUAUUCUUAAGUAUUUUUUGGUAAAUAAAAAUAUAUAG